AUGCUACAGAGACUCUUAUCACUUUUGUUUAUAAUCUUAUGUGCAGCCAGUGCUUCGCAUCAGCUAAUGGCAGAGGGCAACGCCCCUAAAGGUUGUGCAUUUUAUAUUGCCGUUUUUGAUACGUCUAAAAAGGAUCAAGGUUCAGCCAUAAAGGCAGGCAUGAACUUGGAAGGGGUUAAGGUACUUUCUUCUCCAACAACAGCCCCCCAACAAGUAAUGAUAGCCGAAUACUCAACGCUGUCUCAGUCACAACUGUUUUUCCGGGUUGGCGGAAGAAUUUUAACAGUGAUCGCACCCAACCUUUGUCUUGAUACUAAAGGAGGUAAUGUUGGAACAGACCUGAUUGUAUAUACUUAUAAUCUUAACAACAAUCAGGCAAACCAACAAUUUGAAUGCUCAUCAGAUGGAUAUCUGAUCUGCAAAUGUGAGAACAAUAACCGAGCUGCAUACAUCAAAGAGAACAAGGUCUUUCUUGACGUAAAAAAAGAAAAACCUGCGCAUACAUUUGUUCAAAUUCCGGUGUUAAUAUACCUCUAUAACGCUGAAACAAAGAGAUACAUAACCAGCGGCGAUUCGAAAGCAAACGCGGAGCCAUGGACCACAGCUUAUGGUUCACCAGAUGAUUCAAAGCUAUUUUUCCUUGUACCUGAUCGCAACACUGCCGGAUACUUUUACAUAGUCCCGAAAAAAUAUAUGGGUAAAUGCUUGGACAUCCGUGGAAGCGUAGACACUGGCAAUGACAUCGUCACGUGGAAUAUAGGAACACCAUCUGUCCAGAAAAACCAGAUAUUUCACUUUGAGGCUUCAUCAGGGUUUAUUGUCAAUGCGCUUAAUGCAAAAGGCGAAAAAAGAGUCAUCUCUGUAGAUUCUAGCAACGGUAAUUUAAGGUUUGGCGUACCGGGAAAAGGGUUAGAAAAAUACGAAAAGUGGAACGUGUUUCCAGCAGAUCACCCGGGUCCAGCGCCACCACCUGUAAAACGCGCAGAAGAAGUAAAACAAUCACCCACUAUAAAACGAUUACCGUGCGAGGAUGGAUUGUACGCGGCUCCAGCGGCAUAA